AUGCACCGAGAAGUGCUCCACCAUCUCGCCCGCCGUGGCUACGAAGCCAUGAGCACCACCGAGUCUCGCCAAACAAUCACAACCGAUGCUAGCCCUCUCGAGAUGGCUCCUCUCAUCUUCACUGGCGUUGUCUUCGCCUUUCUCCUGGCUUCGAUCAGAUACACCCUCGGAGGUGUUGUCGCUAGCCUGGCCAUGAUCGAGGACCGCCAAACUACCGUCGUCGAAACUCGCAUUCUCGCCGUCGAUGAGAAGGAGGAUCCCGAUGCUCCUCUGGACAAGGCCCGCCUUAUCGACGAAGAAGUCAUGGUCAUCAAUGAGAUUCCUCUGACUUCCAGCAUUCGCAAAACUCUCAAGCACCUGACCUCGAUCGGGGGCUUCAGAGCUCGCUGGAGAGGAGCUGGCGCUGCCAUCAUCUACAACCUCGUUCACUCUUUGACUGUUAGCUUCAUUGCCAUGUUUGUUGCCGCCUUCACAGGUCUCCCUGUUGUUGGUCGCAUCCUCGCCAACAUUGCCGCCAAUGUUCUAUUGGCCCGCAUCCACAUGGUCUGGACUCACACUGUCAUCUCUGAGCCUUCUUCCUUGACCUGGUCUCAGCGUCUUGCCCAGACUGACAGAACCAUGUUCCGUGCUUUGGCUUUGCCUACAUUGGUUCACUCCAUUGCUGAGCUUGCCACCUAUGGCCUGCCCGUUGCCAUGUUCCUUUUCGUUGGUCCUGAGAUCACCAGCGACAGGGCAAACGAGCAGUUGUUCGUCAGAGCUGCCACCUCUCUUUCCGCCUUCAUCUUGCUCAAUGUCCUCAUCCUGCUCCCUGCUACCGUGACCCGUACCCGUAUCGAGGCCAGCUUCCUGCCUGAGGACAGCAAGACUAUUGUUCCCUUCGACCGUACUUUCAACGGUGCUACCAAUAUGAUCGCCCUGGACAGCCGUGCUGGCCGUAAGAGCCUCUUCAUUGAGGCUUGGCGCUCAUUCGACAUGGCCAGCAGAAUUCGUUUGGUCAAGUUCUUUGUCAAGGAGGCCGCCAUCGAGCUUUUCUUCUCUGUCUGUGCUGGCAUUGCCAUUGGUGCCCAGAUGUUCGCUCUUGGCCUGUACAAGGACAACGUUGUUGUCAGUAUGGACGGCAUGUAA